AUGCACUUGGGCGUGGAGCUCCAUGGCAGAACCUCAGGUCAAGCUCGUACCGAUCGAAUAGAAGCUUAGAAGAUACGCCUGUGACGUGCCCGAUCAGAUCUUGGUUGAUAUACUCCCACCAUUUCCCUCUCCCUUUGUUUACACCAUUUCUUUCUUGUUUUGUAUCCCCAUAGCUCUCUGUUGUAUCAGCUUGACCUUUGCUUGACUUGCAUCAUAAGCUCUUGGUUACAAGCUACACCCUCCCCUCGGCCGAGACCACCCCACACUCUUCUUAUCCCACUCCCGUCCUCCACAUUCCACAUUCCGAGGUUCAUUCUGUCAAAACCCAACAUAAACCCUUCCUUUACCUCACCUCUCAGCGCCUCCUCCUUCCCGGUCAUCCUCCCCCUCCAAACGCUUCACAAUGUCCUCCGCCGAUACCCCAGACUCCGCCAUCGAGGCCCGUGUCGUAGACAAGCUGAAGACCAUCGCGCCCGCUCCUGAACCACAGGAUGACUCCAAGGCCGGCGCAUCCUCUGGCCUCGCUCAGCAGCUUCGCGCCUUUGCGGCUGGUGGUUUCGGUGGUCUCUGCGCUGUCGUAGUGGGACAUCCUUUCGAUCUUGUCAAGGUCCGCCUUCAAACCGCUGAGCGAGGUGUUUACUCCUCUGCCAUCGAUGUUGUUCGCAAGAGUAUUGCUCGUGAUGGUCUGCGAAGAGGUCUUUACGCCGGCGUAAGCGCGCCUCUUGUCGGUGUCACACCUAUGUUUGCUGUGUCCUUUUGGGGUUACGACCUCGGCAAGCAAAUCGUCCGAGGUGUCAGUGAAGUCCCCGCCGAGGGUCUCACAAUCGCCCAGAUCUCAACCGCCGGCUUCAUCUCCGCCAUUCCCAUGACCGCUAUCACAGCACCCUUCGAGCGCAUCAAGGUCAUCCUCCAAGUCCAGGGUCAGAAGCAGCUUGCUCCCGGCGAGAAGCCCAAGUAUAGCGGAGGCGUUGACGUCGUCCGCCAGCUCUACAAGGAGGGCGGUAUCCGCAGCGUCUUCCGCGGCAGCGCUGCUACUCUCGCCCGUGACGGCCCCGGUUCUGCUGCCUACUUUGCCGCCUACGAGUACAUCAAGCGAAAGAUGACACCGAUUGAUCCCCUCACCGGAAAGCCCAGCGGCCAGCUCAGUCUCAGUGCUAUCACAUGCGCUGGAGCUGCCGCUGGAGUUGCCAUGUGGAUACCUGUCUUCCCCAUCGAUACGGUCAAGUCUCGUCUGCAGACCUCGGAGGGCAACGUCUCCGUUGGUAGCAUCGUUCGUGAACUCUACGGAAAGGGUGGUGUCAAGGCAUUCUUCCCUGGAUUUGGUCCUGCCCUUGCUCGUGCUGUGCCCGCCAACGCUGCUACUUUCCUCGGUGUCGAGCUGGCUCACCAGGCCAUGAACAAGGUCUUCGGCUAGAUGCUAUGCCAAAGAAGUCGAAGAGGUAAAGCGAUAUAGGCAUAGACAAGAAAAGCUUGCUUUCGGAUUUUUCAGGGUUUUGAUACGGGUUGUUGACCAUUGGACAAGGUCACAGCAGAUGGAUGGCGUUGGUUGCUGGGCAUGACAUGAAUUGUAUUUUCCCAUCGGCGGUGGAUGCGCAUUUCAAGCAGAAUUCGAGCGCUGAGCAUAUCAUUUGUUUUACGCACAUAGAUCAUGAGCAGUUAGAUCGUGCUAUUGACUUUCUGUUGUGAUGGAUAGAUGAAUCAAAACAUAAUUACACGCAUCUGCCAGGUGUUUUACUUAGCUCGCCACGAACAAUGACCGAAUAAGGUAGUGAAGAUGAGAGUUGGUAUUCACUUUCUAAACAAAAUACAUUUGAGCAAUCUUGGGCUCUCGACGGCGAUUGCGCCUACAAUCCUGGUAUCGCUAUAUGCUAUCCCACGUACCAGAAUACAUUGCCGCCGUUUUCACCGUAAUAACCGUGCGCCGAAUCCCAAAGUGAGAAGCAUUAUACUCUUAGCAACUCAAUGAAACAUGUUGUUGUCCUUGUAAAUUCAUCCCUUCCCUAGGUAUCAAUCCCAAUGCCAAUAGGUCCGGCAUAUCAUUGCUGUGCUCCAUUUCAUGAGUGGAUGGUAUCCCGCCAGUUCGCCGAUGCCAUGAGUAAAAAGACAGACCUGCCUGUCGUUGAGUAAGUAAGAGUAAACGACUAGCAGGAAGCAACGCGCGCUGAAAUAGUAUAAGGCGAAGACAUAAAUAACGUUCUGCCCCAGUCCUCGAGAGAAGAGGAUAUUUGAGUCAUCAUCCUGUCAAAGGGCAAGUAUAGUAGGGUAUCAAAGAGAGUCGAGCGUUAAGCACGCUCGGUAGUCGUCCAACGUCGUUUUGAAAGACUCAUAUCGCGGAAACGUUCGGCCUCGCCAGGAGGUCGAGGAAGACCCCAAAGUCCGCCCAGACCAUCUCCAAGUUGUCCAAUGUGAAGUUCUUCAGCGGGCUUGUCGAAAUCGUGCAAGAUAUCUGUCUUGAUUCUGAUAGGGGCUGAGAGAAUAGGACCUCGGGGCGUGGCCUUUGGAGUAGUCUCCCCACUUGGUGGGAACGAGAACGAGCUGAGUGAGGUGAUGGCCGCUGGCGGCAAGCUCAUAGAUAAUGAGUUCGUAGAUUUAAGUUCAAAGCGUGAGGAAAAAGAUGAUUGUGUAGAUGAGUUCGAGGUAGACAUGGCAGCAGAAGCUUGGGCUUCUCCCUUGUUGUCCUCCGGAAUACCUUUAAAACGGCUGAAGUUAGGCAGCACAGAAUCGAAGUCCUCCUUGUCGGAGGCGUCAUCACUACCGUCAUCCAUCAGUCUAAGAGACGAAGGCCCAGGUGUCCACAGGCCGAACGAGGAUGUGUUAGCGCUCGGAGAGUUGCUCCUUGAGCCUGAUUCGCCUGUUGCCGUGGUAAGAGCUGGUCCUCGGUUCAGUGGCCGCUGUGACCCCGAAGUUCGACGUAUAGACGAUCCCACAGUCGCACUGGCCGAAGCACUACGACUGCCCAUGGGAAUGAUAGGGUCAGAAUAGACGAAAGAACCAAUGAGUGGGCCGGGUCCCUCAGUACUGCUGAUACUGGGGUUGCGGCCACGGAUAGCAGCAGGGAAACCAUCAGCUGAAGUUGAUCGGGAUGAGACUGGAGUCGAGGUUGUUGAGCGCAAGUGUUCUGUGCUUGCAGACAUGCGAAUAUCGUACAUCUGAUGGGGAGAGACAUGGGGUUCAGAGUCUGGCGUUUCACUUGCUGACGCAGCCAGGAGAGUGUCGUAGUCGGCAUCUUGUUUUCGAACUGCCAUAGUGAUGGAUGCAAUUCCAACAUCCAUAAGAACAGGCUGAUGAGUGAUGGCGCCAAUGAGAGCAUUACAUCCAGCUCCAUGAGACACAAGAAUAACAACAGUCUCUACAUCCUCAUCUUCAGAAAUCGAGGGGUCAUGUGUGUCAUUCUGUGAAGCUCCGGCAGCCUGCGUUACCAUCUCAUCAGGCGCAUCAGUCGUAGCGUACCAGUCCACCAUCUUCUUCAGGCCGCGUCGAAAUCUCUUGUGCAUGUCUGUCCACUCUUCUCCAAGUUGGCCGCCAUCCCCAAAAUCCAGUGGAGCUCUCAUGGAAUCCCAUUGGUAAUCCACCACAACGCACUCGUCACGCGCAUGGGCCACGAAUCCGUCGGGGAUCUUUCCGGAACUCGAGAUGGCAUAGUUCGGCUUUGGGACUGUGUACCCUUUCUUUUCCAUCUGAGUUGCGAGCUGCCCAGUUAGAGCUGCAGCCAUAGCCGACCCUGUUGAACCUUCCACUGCAGACCCUGAUCUCAAGGGUCCAAGAGACGGACUGGCGGCAGGAGACCCGUUCCAGAGAGAAGCAGUAGAGCCUCUAUGAGGCAUCGGAGUGGGAGCGGGUGCAGAUGUCAGUGCACUGUAGUCUUCGCGUCGUAGCAGUUCGGCCUUUGCACUUCCAAGCAUGAGGGCCGCACCAGGUGGUGGGGUAAUCUGUUCGAAGUACUCGGGGGACAGCCAUUCUCCGAGAAAGGAAUCCAGACGUAAUAUUGUAGAUCGAAAGUGUUUUGGUGGUCCCGUUGCUGAAACGAAGAUGUCGUUCGGACGGUAAGGCGAUUCAUGGGGAGUCUGUGCAAGACCGGAGCUGAUUCCGAUCGAUGUUUGGGCGCAUCGUAAGAAUGGCGAGCUAUGAAUGACGACCUUGAAUCUACGUCGCUUUUUUGUGCCUUUGGAAGUCG